CAGUCCCCUCCCACUCUGUCCAAACCCCAUCCACAAAGUUUCUGAAGCUCACCUCAACUCACUGUUCAACAACACCGUACACUGGAGUGUCACCCUGGAGGAAAUGGUUAUCUCAUCUUGAUUUUUUAUUUUUUAUUUUGGCGUGUGCGGGGGAGAUAUUUUUGGAUUAUUAUCAACAGAUAAUGAUGCUUCCCCGGUGCUGGUUCAGGGUGUGACUGCUGGAGGCAGAGAGAAAGAGAGAGAGAGAGAGACACCUCAGUGACGUUGACUAACAAGUGACAGGCCAGACUGGACAGCUUGAUGGUGGUAAUAAGCUAAACAAAACACACCCAAAACCAAGGCCGAGAUGGAAUUACGACUGGGAUGUAGGAUUACCCUGGUCUUGGUCAUCCUGGCCUCCACUCUUUCCGGCGAGGGAGCGGAAGCACAGAGGGCAGGAUGUAAAAAUGUCCACUAUGACUUGGCGUUUAUCCUGGAUACCUCAUCCAGCGUUGGAAAAGAGAAUUUCGAGAAGAUCCGGCAAUGGGUGGCCAACCUCGUCGAGUCGUUCGAUGUGGCGCCAGACAAGACAAGAGUAGCCGUGGUUCGCUACAGCGACAGACCCACCACGGAGUUCACCCUGGGUAGACACAGGACCCUGGAGGAUGUCAAGCGAGCUGCCAGUAACAUACGCUACCUGGGGGGGAAUACAAUGACCGGGGAUGCUAUCAGCUACACAACCACCAACAUCUUCACGGAGAGGAACGGAGCCAGGCCCGCAGCCAGAGGCAUUCAGAAGGUGGCCAUCCUUCUCACAGACGGCCGAAGCCAGGAUUAUGUUCUGGAGCCCUCGAAGGAGGCUGCCAAAGCUGGCAUUAGGAUGUUUGCUGUGGGCAUUGGGGAGGCGCUGAAGGUGGAGCUGGAGGAGAUUGCCGCUGAGCCAAAGAAUGCCCACGUCUUCCAUGUGACUGACUUCAAUGCCAUUGACAAGAUCAGGGGCCGGCUGCGGAGGAGGCUGUGUGAGAAUGUCCUGUGUCCAAACAUGAAGGUUCAAACUGAUCGGUUCAAGCCCAACACCACCAGUUAUGGUCUGGAAGAGGUUCCAGGGUUCGACCUGAUGGAGUACUUUAAUGUGAGAGACAUUCUGGGAACCAGAGUUGAUGAAGGCCAAAGUUCUUACGUUCGCCUUGGCACCAUGCCCGUUGUGCAGCAAACAGAAGACGUGUUUCCUCAAGGGUUGCCAGAUGAAUAUGCCUUCGUGACGACAUUCAAAUUCAGGAAAACCUCAAGACGUGAAGAUUGGUACCUCUGGCAGGUUUUUGACAAAUAUGGAAUCCCACAGGUGUCCAUCCGCUUGGACGGUGAGAACAAGGGGGUGGAGUACAAUGCCGUUGGCCUGACAAAAGACGCCGUCCGAGCUGUGUUCAAGAACCCGGAAGUUGACAACCUGUUUGAUCGCAAUUGGCACAAGAUUGCCCUCAGCGUGGAGGCCAAGUCUGUGUCUCUGUACCUGGACUGCAAACACAUUCAGACUCUGCCCAUUGGAGACAGGGAGGACAUCGAUAUCCAGGGGAAGACAGUGAUUGGGAAGAGGCUUUACGACAGUGUUCCCAUCGAUUUUGACCUCCAGAGGAUGAUGAUUUACUGCGAUUCCAAGCACGCAGAGCUGGAAACCUGUUGUGACAUACCCAAUGGUCCUUGCCCUAAGAAAGUGGUGACGGAGGCCCCCCCUGUGGAGAUCCCCACCCCGACACCUACUGCUAUGGAGCAGCAGAGAGUCCCUGAAGUGAACUGUUCCUGCCCUGCAGGAGAUAAGGGAGAUACUGGUCCGCCUGGUGUUGCAGGCCCUAGGGGUGAAAAGGGUGACACUGGCCUUAAGGGCGCCAUCGGAUCGCCUGGAAUCAGAGGAGAAAAAGGAGAAACUGGCAAUGUAAAUUCUGUCAAAGGUGACAGAGGGGAGAAGGGGGAUUCAGGCAGUAUAGGGUUGACAGGUGCUCCUGGACCAAAAGGAGAGAAGGGACUUGGUGGUGUGCCAGGUAUUGAUGGCUUAUCUGGAGACAAAGGAGACAAAGGUGAAGCGGGGCGGGCUGGUAAUCCAGGACUGCCAGGUCUAGCUGGACAAAAGGGAAUUCAAGGGGAUGAAGGCACUCCUGGCACGCCCGGACCAAAAGGUGUUACUGGGGAAUCAGGUAUAAAAGGCGAGAAAGGAUCUCCGGGAGCCACAGGCGUGGCAGGUUUGGAUGGAUUCCCUGGCAAACCCGGUGUUCCAGGGAAAGAUGGUUUGAGAGGACUGGUUGGUGCACCCGGGCCGGGCGGAAUUAAAGGCAUCAAGGGGGAGAGAGGCCUUCCCGGAUUACCUGGGGAUGUGUUUCACAAAGAAGGCUUACAGGGCGAAAAGGGAGAUCCUGGACCGCCUGGACCUCCUGGGCCCGAGGGCCCCCCGGGGCCUCAAGGUCCUCCCGGUCUACAGGGUGAAGCUGGGCAACCCGGAGAGUUUGGCCAGAGGGGAAAGAAAGGUGAAAGUGGACUGCCUGGAGUGGAUGGGCUUCCUGGACCCCCUGGUCCUCUGGGUCCACCUGGGCCACCAGGUAUCCAAGGACAUACUGGACCUCCUGGUCUACCUGGUGAGAUUGGAUUUUCGGGCAAACACGGAGAGCCUGGGAAGCCUGGUCUUCCUGGUAAAGACGGUCUCGAUGGACUUCCUGGAAAUGACGGUGCCAUGGGACCCAGGGGAGAGCGCGGAGCAGACGGCUUUGCCGGCAAGCCCGGGCCUAAGGGUGACGACGGGCCUCCCGGACCCAGAGGGCCUCCAGGGGAGAGAGGAGAAGCUGGUUCCCCUGGGCAACAAGGUGGUGAUGGAGUACGAGGAGACCGGGGUAUUCCGGGAGAAAGAGGACAGGAUGGUCCCAUCGGGCCCAAGGGUGAAAAGGGCGACAAGGGUGAAGUGGGAGCUCGGGGACUGCCUGGCAUUCCAGGAAAUGUGGAAAAUGUCAUCCCUGAGCCUGGUGAACCUGGAAUACCUGGAGAGAAGGGAGCGAAGGGGGAUCAAGGGAGCCCAGGAGAGACGGGUCAAAGAGGGCUACCUGGUGAACAAGGCUUCAAGGGACCAGCUGGACCAGUGGGUCCAAAAGGUGAACCUGGACUUCAGGGAGAGACUGGACGAGUUGGAGACCCUGGUCCACCUGGCCUAGCUGGUCCUCAAGGUCCUCGUGGAUUACCAGGGAACGUGGGCAUACCAGGGAUCAUUGGGCCUCCCGGGCCAGCUGGACAAAGAGGAGACAAGGGUGAACAAGGUAAACCAGGACAAGCAGGUCCUUCAGGCCCACCCGGAGAUCCCGGGUUGACUGGACCCCCUGGACCACCAGGAAAGGGCAAAGACGGGCAAAAUGGGGAGACCGGACCACAGGGGAUUCAAGGUCCCCCGGGGCCAAAGGGCCAACCGGGGUCCCGAGGUGAACCGGGGUUACCGGGGGACAGGGGUUCUGCAGGAGAAGGCAAAGUGGGACAACAGGGGCCUCCGGGAAAUAAUGGCUUACCCGGACCGCCGGGCUUAAGGGGUCUGCCGGGAGUUGCCGGUCCUCAGGGCCCAGCAGGACAUAAUGGUUUACCAGGCAGGCCGGGAGAAAAGGGAUCACCAGGAGAGCCGGGGAAGGCGGCAGACCUCUCCGACCUAAAUCUGAAGGACGUUUGCUCGGACUGCCCUGCAGGGCCAGCUGGACCGCCCGGUCUCCCAGGAGUCCCAGGGGACAAAGGACACCAAGGACCUCCGGGGAAAAACGGUCAAGAUGGUUACCAAGGCCCGCCAGGAGCAGCCGGAGCUCAAGGGCCCCCUGGAGCCGACGGCGGAAAGGGUAUUAAAGGGGAUCGAGGACCAGCUGGAGGCCCUGGAGAGAAAGGAGACAAGGGUCACCCGGGACCUCCUGGUCAUCCAGGUACCCCUGGCUUAAUGGGUACACCUGGUAACGAUGGACAGCCUGGCUCUGUCGGCCCCCCAGGGCCCCCUGGAGAAAAGGGCAAAGAGGGUCUUAAAGGAAUCCAGGGACCACCGGGUCUUCCUGGCUUGAUUGGCCAGUCUGGCAAAAUGGGAAAAGAUGGCAGACCGGGUGAAACAGGAGAACCUGGCAAGCAAGGUGAGCCUGGACCAGCAGGAAACCCGGGGCUCAGGGGACUCCCCGGCUUUAAGGGUCACAGAGGAGAAUCUGGAGCUCCAGGACCUAAGGGAGAAGAUGGAAAGCCUGGAUCAGCUGGGCAUGAUGGCAAACCUGGGAAGGAGGGCCCUAUGGGACCUCCAGGCAGAGAAGGAAUCAGUGGACCAAGUGGAGAUUCGGGCAAGCCAGGUGAACCAGGGCCGUCGGGAAAAGCAGGUCUACCUGGAUCUCCUGGACUUAGAGGAGACAAGGGAGAAGCUGGCAACCCAGGAUUACCAGGCUUCAGUGGGCCUAAAGGCCCCGCGGGUCCACCCGGUCCAGUUGGUCCAGAAGGAAAGCAGGGGAUGCCUGGCAGAGUUGGUGAUCGUGGCCUCAAAGGAGAUAAGGGAGACUCAGGUGUGAAGGGAGAUAAAGGAACUUCAGGAGAUCCAGGUAUGCCUGGAAACCCUGGACCCCCCGGCAGAAAGGGCCACACAGGGAUGAUGGGCAUGUCAGGACCACCAGGGGAAAUAGGACCUCCCGGACCACAAGGAGUUUCAGGAAACCCCGGUCUCCCAGGCCAAAGGGGAGAGUCGGUAUCACUGGAGCAGAUGAGACGGCUCAUCCAGGAGGAGCUGGCAAAGCAAUUAGACGCCAAAAUGGCUUACCUCAUGGCUCAGAUGCAGCCAGCCCAUGUGAAGAGUACAGCGGGACGUCCAGGACCUCCAGGCCCUCCAGGUAAGGACGGCAGUUCCGGACGACCUGGCCCCCCUGGAGAGCCCGGUAUGCCUGGACAGAAUGGGGGAGAAGGACCCAGGGGACCCAUGGGCCCUAAAGGUGACAAAGGAACAAGAGGAGAAAAGGGAGAACCUGGUAUCGGCGAAAGAGGAGAGAAGGGACCGUCUGGCCCGAUAGGUCCGGCGGGUCUCCCCGGUUACGGUAAAGACGGUAGCCCGGGACAAGCCGGCGCCCAGGGAGAGCCAGGAAACCCCGGCCCCCACGGUCAGCCCGGACCUCCAGGCCCAACUGGCCAAUGUGACCCCACCCAGUGUGCCUACUAUGCCAGCCUGGCACAGAGACCCCACACCAAAAAUGUUAAAGGGACUUAAGACCCCAAAGCAACAUACAAAGAGCUUGGAAGUCCAGCUGUAUUUAUGAACUUGGUCUGAAUCAAGAACUUUUAACUUUGUCGAGAUAACCUCAGUAUGGAGGGCUGAAGCAAUAUGUGCUGCCGGUCAGAUUCUUUGUUCUGUUUUGGGUUUUGUUGUAAGAAGCUUGGGAUGGUUGGGGGAUUAAGCACCGGAGGGAAUCUUUUUCAGAUUAUACAUUGGGUAAAGAGGGCAGCUAAAGUUUUUUUUUUUUUUUUUUUUUUUACUCAUUUGCAUGCGUCCUGUAAAAUAAACUGUGUAUAGGAAGAUUAGAGGGAAUAUGCAACUCCCUGCUCCUAAACCCUCCCAUCGGGACGGAGGAUUUGGGAGUCUGAUGCUGUUUCCUCUCAUAAGUAAUUAUUGCCAAAAUUCGGCUAGGCCUUUUUUCUCAAAGGAAUAUGUCUGUACACAUGCUUUUUUUGUUUUUUUCUCCCUCUGUCUCACACCAUUUUGCAUCAAUUCACAAUCACAGCCCACAGUAUCCUAUGUCAAGCAAGAAAUGUCAGUUACUGCUCACUGAAUUGCUGGGAAAUUUUGGUACUUGCUCAGUCAGGGGGAAUUACCGUAUUUUCUGGAGUAUAAGUCAUAUCAGUCAAAAACUGCGCCACGAAGAGGAAAUAACAAUAUUUAAGUCGUACUGGACAAUAAAUCGCAUUUAUUUCGAAAUUUAUUUCACAAAAUCCAACACCAAGAACAGACAUUUAAUCUGGAAAGGCAAAUUAUUCAACUAGACAAUAGUACACAGAACAACAGGCUGAAUAGGUUUGUUAAGGGAACACAUUAACAAUUAUUCAGCUGCACAGUAGCAUAAAAGAACAUACCUGGGAGGCUGUCUAGGCUAAAUUAACACACCACAUCAGCGAUUCCAUCAAGCAAGUUACCGGUAAGCAAGUUCACCAAGCUUCGGAACCCAUUCCACAUCACUGAGUCCGUUGAACUCUUCAUCCUCUGUGUCACUAUUGCGGCAUACAGUUGUCACAAGCCUAAAACGCCCUCUUGUGGCUGCUUGGUUCAUGUCAGUCAGUAUGAAUUAACA